AUGAUACGAGACGAGUUUCCUCAUACUGAAUCUGCUGCAAAACUUGGAUAUAAUACAGGCAUUGGACCUCUUUUGCCAACAGCAUUGGAUCCUAAAGAUGUCUUAUUUAUUAUCAUGGGCAGCGUAAAAUAUAUUCAUAAGGCUAAGCUUCUCACAGAAACAUGGUUACAGUGGUCUCAAGGUAACUUUUUCAUCUUUGCUGAUGCUGCUAACACAAGUAUUCCUUUAACAACUUUACCCCGACUUGAAAAGAAACCUUCCAGAGAAGAUGCACAACAUAGACAAUUGUUAGGAUCACAAUGGAUAAUUAGUAAUAAGUCUGAAUUAAUUAAGAAAGUAAAAUGGUUUGUGUUUGCAGAUGAUGAUACAUGGAUUAAUGUACCUGCCCUUCUAUCCUAUCUUCAAUGGUUUGAUCAUCGAUUGUUGUUAUCAAUUGGAUACAUUUGGGACGAUAUGUGGAUGCCAGGAUGGUCAUACUUCUCUGGAGGUGGUGGUGUUGUCUUUUCUCAAGCUGCAUUUAUAUCAACUAUGCCUGCGAUGUAUACGAAAGAAUGUCCUUUUCAAUCAUGGAAUGAUGUCACUUUCAUGUAUUGUCAAAAACAAAAAGGAGUGACCAAAAUUCAUUCAGAUCGAUUCUUUUAUGAUAAGGCUCACGUCAUCAGUACAUCUCAUCAUCUUUCGCCCGUUUCUUACGUUGGUAAAGUGACAUUUCACUAUAUUAACGAUGCUGCUAUUGCUAGAAGAAUGACAUGUGAUGUCGCUGUUUAUUGGAAAUGGCUGAUCAAAGGAUGCGAUAAUGUCAAGCGAGAUGAUAUGCCCCAUUUGCGUUUUUGA